AUGAGCUGCCCAAUCAAGAAAGCAAUGGAAGAUGACUUGAUGAAGGCUCGAGCAACGGCUCGACCUGGCGGUGUCAUGGCAAGAGGGGAUUUCCGAAGAUCAAGCAGUACCAGCGAAUCAUCAGUGAACCCCAACAGCAAGAAAAACUCCACGUCUAGCAACAGUAUCUCUAACGAUGCUGGCACCAGCUCGAUCACCAACUCCCUACCUUCCUCUCCUGGAAGAUCGUCCAGUUCUGGAGAUGUACCCUCUAAACGGAGGAUAUCACCUGCCAGUUCGAAUCCCGGUGUCAACAUCAAGAGCUCGCCACCCCACGCCAACCCGGCCAAGUGUUAUACUAUCCAAGAGGAUAGUCGUGCCAAAGGAGGAGACGACAGUUCAGAACCCAGCAACUACGGCUCAGGAGAGGGCUCUCCCAGGCGCAGGAAAGCCAGCACCCUCUCUACGACCUCGUCUUUUGCAUCUGAACAAGAUAGCGAGACAAGUGGCGAGCAAAAAGUGGAUGUUAAGUCGCUGAUCGAGGGUGUGGGCACUGUCAUCAUACCAGCA